CGGAAGUGGCCUUCGUCGCUUUACUAUCACGCGUAAACACGUCCAGGAUGUCGUAAGGCGCUACCUUUUAGCAUGACAUGUUAGGUUACACAAGCCACUAGCUAUGGUACCGAACAUCACGCAUGACGAACUCUAGACGCAUAAAGUCAUUGGUAACAGCAUCCCCACCCUUUAAGAUCGCGUGAGUGUUAAAUUUGUAGCUAAUGCGCGACGAUGUCUGUGCUAGGUCCAGGUAGCAUGCUAAGCUAAGGGCUAGCCACGGCUAACUUCAGUCGGUUAUUGGAAUGGUAGAGCGCAGCGCGAGCUCCCCCGGACAUGGCAACUGGAGCAGCAGCCGCGUCUGGCGGCUCUUUCGAGUCAUCUUUAGAGAAGAAGUUUCGAGGGGUUUCCAACACAAUGGAUUCGAUUCAAGGACUUUCAACGUGGUGCAUCCAAAACAAAAAGUACCACAGCCUGAUUGUGCGACACUGGAUGAAGUGUUUGAGGAAAUCGGAUACCUCACACAGACUCAACCUUUUCUACGUCGCCAACGAUGUCAUUCAGAACUGUAAAAGGAAAAAUGCUAUUGUUUACCGUACGGCGUUCGCCGAGAUGCUCCCCGAAGCCUUCUUGCUGGUCAACAAUGAAGGUGACCCCAAAGUGAUUAAAUCGGUGGAGAGGAUACUGACCAUCUGGGAGGAAAGGGGUGUGUAUUCAGGGACGCUUAUUACUGAGCUCAGGACGAGCUUAGUCAAGGAGGAGUCCCCCCCAGAGACACCCGUAGAGCAAAAAACUCCAGUUGAGUCUAAAGCAGAUCUACACUCCAAGAUUGUUGCUGAGUUUGUGCCCCAAGCACUAGUCGAGGAACUGUCUAAGUACAAGAAAUCCGUUCAGGAGGUAGACAUGAGAGAAAAGCAGCUGGCGGCCAUGAGGAUCGACAUCUGCAGCUCGGAUGCCCUCAAGAGACUGAAAGAUAAGGCCGGGGGAAAGAAAUUCUCCAAGGACUUUGAGGAAGGAAGUGCGCAACUGCAGGAGUUUGUUAAGUUCUUUGACAAACAAAUCGUCACAGGGCCCCCGGUCAUGGAGGCCCUGAAGAACGCAGAUAUCUUCUACGAGAUGCAGUACAAGGAGGUCAAGAUUGUUGCCAAUGCCUACCAGACUUUUGCCAACCGGGUGUCCCAUCUGAAGCGCAAGCUGGACGCCUUGAAGGCCAACCUGCCGGACCUGGACGAGUCCCCCAUCCCCUCGCCCUCCGCAGACGCGCCGUCCCCCACCGGCUCAGAGUCCCCGUUUCGCGGCCUGGAAUUGGCCCACCCCGACUCCGACCUCGACGGCUGUGCUAUGGAUGAUGAGGCGGAGCCGCCGGCACCGAGCCCUCUGUCCUCACCGGGAGGAUCCCCCAAACCCUCGGCGGCACUCGGGCAGAACGACAACCGGGAAGUGGAAGACAUGGAGCUUUCCGAGGAAGAAAUCGACGCCGGUGGCAUCAUAGUUGAGGAGCAGAGUGAAUUACGUGCCGACCCAAAGGCGGCCACUUUGAAAACUGAGACACCAGUGGCAACAGAGCAGCCCGUCGUACAGGUUGCGCCCGCUGUCCCCGUAGCGGCUCAUCUAGCAGCGCCUCCUGCAGCAGUGGAAAAUGUCGACCUGGGUAAAAUCGGCUCCAUCCUCAACAGUUUAAACUCGGCCAUGAAGAACACUGGACCAUUAGUGGAGAGUCCUCCUGCAGCUGCUCCUGCUGCCUCCUUGUUGAAGACUACACCUGUGGUGUCUGUGGCCCCCCAGGAUGCCAGUUCACUGGUUAAUCUCCUCUCAAAGGUAGACGUGAGUCCUGCAGACCUCAUCGGCGCUCUGUCCAAGGUCCAGGGCAUCCCUUCUGUUGUGAAAAGCCCCGCUGCUAAUGCCUCUUCAGAGUCCUCUAGAGCAGGAAAGAUUCCCCAGUCUCCCUCGUCCACAUCCGCACCGGCAAUACCCUCCCAGAGCCCGUUUCUCUCCUCCAUUGUACCUGGGCCUCCUUCACAGAGCUCCACAGCUCGCCAGAGUACAAGCUCUCAAGCCCCCUCCCAGACUUCCAACCCAGCCUCGGCCCUGGUCCAGGCUCUGCACAGAGAGAUGGAUCUGACCACAGAGCCAGAAUCGUCCCUAUCUUCUAAGAGUUUGGAGUCCAAAAUCCACAGCUUUCUACAGGGCAACCCGGCUUUCAAUGCAUUCAGCAUAGGUCUUUCUGCGAUUCCAGUGGCGGGGGCAGGUAACCUCAGCCCAGUGACCGCGGCGGACGCCCGGGGCGGGACUCCAGUGCGGGACGAGGGCGGAGGCACCCCGACUCAAGACGAGAUUAUGGACAAGCAUGCGCCGGGCCCGUUCCCUUCCAACGCUAAUCAGUCAUCGGUUGGAGCAACUCUCAAUGCGGCUCCUGUUGCGUACCACAACAGCAGUCCCCAACAGCCGGCUCACCUGCAGCCGAGCGUGGAGUGUCAGAACGGGCAGGUCUACCAGCCGUACCAGUACGGCGAACACAAGAUGUCAGAGCACGGCAUUACCGCACCUCUCGGCCACUACCAGCAGCUUUCUGGCCAAGCGGGAGGGCCGGUGGCUGGAGAAAGAGCCCAGGGCAGCGCCAGUAGUGCUCAGGCUUUGGAAGACUUUCAAAGGAUGGGUGAAAGGGGUUGGUAUGGGGACACAAACCCAGAGGGGAGCUCUCAGCAGCCCAGAGGCUACAGCGUGACGGCGCCCGGAGGGGCGGGGGAAAACAACAGGCCAGGACUUUAUCCGUACCAAGCGGAGAGUUUUCAGGAACCUCAAGAGUUUGCCCCCCAGCACGGCGCCAUCAAUACGGUAGAUUUCUUCCGAGGCAGCCUCCCGCCUGUCCCAAAGUUCCCUCCGCCCCCGCAGAUCUUUGACGCGCCGCUUCCCGCGACCAGCGGUAUGAUGAUGAUGCCGCCACCCCAACAGCACCCGGGGCCGGGCGACAGCAUCAUCAGUGGGAUGGUGGUCCACGACCAUCAGCACAAAUCGAUAUAUCCCCCCGACGAUUUGCUGUACGAUCACGACAGACCUCGCCCUCCCCACCACGAAGAUUUCCCCCCGCACCCGGACGAGCUCAGCUACCACGACGAGCCCCGUCACCACGAUGGCGGUUUCUUUCAAGAGGACACCUAUCACCACCACCCAGAGGAUGCAUACUACGAACCAGGCAGCCCACCGCACCACUUCCCCAGGCGCCUCACUCCCCCGCUGUCACCCUCAGAGGACCCCUACUACCCCCCUGACUACCAGCGGCACAGCCCCCCUCCUCCGCACUACUCUCCAAGGAGACCGCCACCGCAUUUUGAAAUACGCCACCCGGGUCUACGGCCUCCACAUCGGCUUCCCCCGCCCGCACACCACCCUCACCCCAGAGGACCCCCGCGCCCGCCAUUUCCCCGCUUCCACGGCCCCAAUCCGAGGUUAAGAGGCAAACGACCAGGUCCACGGGGAGGAGGAUUUCUUGGUCCAAUGUUCCCUCCAAAAAGACCCUUUCCACCCCCGCGGUACUGACUGGACAUGCAGUGGGUAAAUCGCUGUGGAUGUCACAGGGGUGGCGGGGCUUUUAAGACUGUUUAGUAACCUGCUCGCCGCUGCGGUGAGGUCCCUGUGCGGACACGGAGGUGGGCGUCUGGAGAAGAAGACGCCGUGCAGCAGAGGCUGACAGAGGCAGCGUCUGAGUGACUGAGAGUGAAGGCUGGUGGGGGGGGAACCAGAGACAACACCAAGGGACGGAGAAGGAAUUCGAGGCUCUGCGAGGGCUGCUGAGCUGAAGAGUGAAGACCGAAGAGAAGAAAAUAAGAGGUGGAUAUAUAUAUAUAUAUAUUUACAUACAUAUAGUUCACUUUGUGUUAUUCCUCCAGUAGGAAGCAUCGCAUUAUAUGUGUAAUUUGGAGCGUCAGUUGGGCAAAGGUCCAAGCGUGCAUGGUAUGCGUGUGCAUGUGAUUAAGUUAACUAGUCACAGGAGAUGACACCACGAUAGCUCUUAUUGCGAAAGAUAAUAGAAAAAGAGUGAAGUUGGUGCAAUGUUUCUGCGGUUAUUUAGUUUUUCAGUGAGCAGUUUUGACUGCUUCUCUUCAUUUCAGCAGUUUUCCCCCGGUAGCUUUUGAUAAAAACAUCAAUUUGAAUCCAAUCGCUUUGGGUAUGGGAGUGAUUGUCAUAGAAUGAGGUUUUCUUCUACAAUUCUUGUGACCACAUUCAGGAAAAACUUAAAUGUCAUUGACUCCGAAUGUCAUUUAUUUGUGAAGCAAUGCUUUCUCACCCGGUGCGUUUGGUCCCUGCGGCGAUAUUUUUACGUCUAAGUUUGUCGAAGAAGAGCGGCAGCACGUGUCUACUCAAAAAGGAGAGCGAGGUGUGAGACUUCUCUUUUGUCUGCCUCCAACACCGACGCGGAAGAAGUGCAUUUUUUGGAGGGGAUGAAGAAACUCGUCUUCAGUUUUGUUUUACUUGUACUGUCUAAUAAAAAUCUGAGUUUAAAAAACUGUUGUUUCUCUCUCCCCCCCCUUUAUCCUUAGACUGUUGCACCACUGUCUGGAAUGAGUCACCCUCUUUACGUAGCAUUUGAGCGUUGUAAUGCAUUUCGUCCGUGAGACAAUAGCUAUUCACUAUUUUGACCCAAACCGUGAAAAAAAUAAAAUGAAAGAGUCGAGGUUUGAUCCACAGUAUCAGUUUCCUAUUGUGUCUAAAAUAGGUUGCUGUUACAAUGCAACUUUAUCCCAGGACGGUCCAAGUAAUCAAAGAAUAGAAACUCAACAGUAAUUUACUGUAUUUAAAUAGUAUUACUAGUUUUCUUCAGUGGUUUCUGUUUAUAUGAAGACACCGCCACUUGCAGAGAAAUGUUAUGGUUUUCACAGUUCAAAUUAAAAUCCCAGAGAAAUAGACUGCUCUGUGUAUAUAGUUCAUGUUAUUUUAAAUUAGGCUUUGAAACUAGAGCUUGAUUGAUGACGGCCUUAACUCUGAACUUUCCUGAUUUCUCCCCC